ACAUUGAAGAUAGGAUAUAUGCAUGAAUAAAACGCAUGUUUAUAUAUGGAUAAGUUAUCUAAGAAGUGUGUAUUAUACGAAAUGUCGCCUUUGGAGUCACCUGAAAGUGGCUGUUUUAUAAAGGUAGCAGGAACUAAAGACUCUAAUAAUGAACCUUAUCUAUUUGGAAGGACUAUGUUUGAAAAUGAGAUUAUUGAAGAUGAUGCUCCACUGUUAUUAAGUUUUUUAAAGAAAUGUUUUACCGGGCAAUGUGAACAAGAGUAUUUAUUAGAUGAAAUUGAUGUCCCUUUUGUUUAUCAAAAAAUGUUUACUCUUUUGUUUAAGAAUGAGAAAGGAACAUAUUGUUUUUUACGGAAAAUAGUUGAGCUUUCGGGACUCCCUGAUUAUGAAAUUAAACAUAUUAUAAAUAUGAUGUUUUUUGGAAUUACUGAGGAUAUGCCAAUUUGUAAAUGUCGUUUUUAUUCAAUUAUUGCUUUGAUUGGAAUUGCUCAAAAUGGAGAAUGUGCAAGCGUUGAAGAAUUGAAAAAAUAUAAAAAUAAUCUUCCUAUUCCGAAGUUACAAGAUAUAAUUGAUAAAUACCUUAUAUCCCCUGACGAUAAAAUAUCUGAUGCUAAUGUUUCUUCAUCUGACUCUGUUAUGUCUUCCAAACAAACUAUUAUGUUUGAGUCUGGUUUUGAAAGGACAAAUGAUACUCAGAAACCUGUAUCUUUGAAUUCUGGUUUUAUUGACUAUAAUGUUAAUGAAAAUUAUUUUGAAAGUUUUUCUUCUCAUAGAAUUUUUAAUAUUAUGGAUUUGGCGCAUUUUUUUUCUUCAGCUGAUCGUAUAACUAUUUAUAUAGCUACUAAAAAAGAAGGUUCUUUUUUAUUUAAACAUGACAAUUAUGUUCUUUUUAGUGUAAUUCGUGGUUCUCGUGUCAUUCGCCGUUAUAGUGAUUUUUUAUGGCUUCAAGAGUGUUUGAUAAAAAAAUAUCCUUUUCGUCAAGUACCUUUGAUGCCACCAAAGUGUUUUUCUGUAAAUGGUCAUUAUUUAUCGAGAGAUUCUGCCUUUUUAAAGAGAAGAUAUAAAGGACUUUCUAGAUUUAUCAAUGCAGUUGUUCGUCAUCCCAUAUUUAGAGAUGAUCCAUUAGUAAUAGCAUUUCUCACUGUUUCUACUGAAUUCUCUUUAUGGAGAAAGCAAACUGUCUUAUCAAUUCACGAUGAAUUUCAAGAUAAAAUUAUGAUAGAGGACUUGGGAUUGAUGUUUCCUUCAAAUUUUGAUGAAAUUAUUAUGAAUAUUAAAAAAACAAUAGAUUUUCAAAUUUAUAAUUAUACGAAGUUAUGUUUGAUUAUGGAUCGUUUAUUAAAAUAUCAAGAAAAAUCUGCUGAAGAUAUGAUGCUAUUUGCAUUUUGUUUGAAUGUUCUUGCUGAUGGAACUAAGCCUGUUCUUAUUGAUGGGAUAAUUAAUGAUUCCUUCUCCUACAUUAACAAAGGGACGUUUGUUGUAUCUAAACAUUUUUUAACGGCACAGGAAUUUUUGGAGGAAGAAGCUAAAGUUUUGAGUGAAGGGAUACUAGAAGAUUUAAAAUCCCAGAGGGAUAACCUUAUAGCAAUUAAAAAUAUGUUUGAUAGAAAAGAUAAGUUAGAUAUCAACAAUAUUCCUUUUCUUGAGAAAAGAAUAAAUAGCAACGUGAAUAAACUUGCUGAUUUGAAUACAAGAUCUCAUUUAAAUUCAUUAUCCAGGGAUGAAAUUGAACAGUCUAUUAUGAAGGACAAAAAAUUGAUACUUUCUCAACAGUCUCGUUGCUUUUCUAUUAAUAAAUGUAUUUUAAAUGAGUUAGUAUAUUUCCAGAUUAGUCAAGCUCAUAUAGGGAAAUUAUAUAAGGAUUAUGUGCAAGAGCGCAUAAAAUAUACUGAGUUGUUAGCAGAAAAUUGGAGAAGUAUGGAAAUUCAAAUAACAUCUAUUCCUUUUGGAUUUGUCUAAAGUUUAUUUAAAGUAUAAUCAAUAUUUGUUUAGUUUAUACUUGAAUUCGAUACU